GGUUCAUGAACCUCAUAAUGUAUAUGAACACAUUCCUGUCCAGAUACAAUGCCUACUCUCCUUUGAAUUCUUCAUCCCUGUGUUGUUUCCUAAUCCAUUGGGCUAUGUAAUACCGACAACACACUCCAAGACAGACAAUCUGAAACGAUCUUCGAGUAUUUCGAUUCAAUCAGGCCUUCAAAUAGCUCCACGCUCUCCUUCCCCACCAUUUUAUUCAUAGAUUCCAAUAGACCACAAUUCCAAAGCCCGAGAUUGUUGAACUGUUCAACUCCUGGUAUUUGGUUUCAACUUUGUGGCAAGCUGAAACUCAUUCAACACGGAAGCACUGCUGUAAUGAAAAAUGUUGGCGAGAGACAAAAGUUCAGCAGGGAUGAAGGAAUUUGGUAUAAAGCACAAGGUUCCAGUGGGCGACACGCCCUACAUCAGGGCUAAGCAGGUUCAGCUUGUGGAGAAGAAUCCAGAGGCGGCCAUAGCGCUUUUUUGGGCGGCUAUAAAUGCAGGAGACCGUGUUGAGAGCGCUUUGAAGGACAUGGCCAUUGUGAUGAAGCAGCUGGGACGAGCAGAUGAAGCCAUUGAAGCAAUCAAAUCUUUCAGACAUCGCUGUUCUCUGCAAGCCCAGGAAUCCCUUGAUAAUGUUCUGCUUGAUCUUUAUAAGAAAUGUGGAAGGGUGGACGACCAAAUUGUGUUGCUCAAAGAGAAGUUACGACUUAUUCAACAUGGACUUGCUUUUAAUGGUAAUCCUACCAAGACAUCACGUUCACAUGGAAAGAAGUUCCAACUCUCCAUAAAGGAGGAGACUAGUCGCAUUCUGAGUAAUUUAGGUUGGGCAUAUAUGCAACAAAAUAAUUAUGUUGCUGCUGAAGUUGUUUAUAGGAAGGCACAAUAUUUUGUUAUGGAUGCUAAUAAGGCGUGCAAUUUAGGUGUAUGCCUAAUGAAGCAAGGAAAGUUAGAGGAGGCAAUUGCAGUAUUAAAGGUUGUCAAUCCAGUGAAUGAAAAAGACUUCAAAUCAUUGGAGCAUGCAAAGCAAUUAUUAAAGGAAAUUCAUGAGUUUCAAGUGCAUGGAGGCUCCAAGAGAUCAUUAUCAACUAUCUCCAGGCAUAUUCAUAAUCAUUAUGGACUGGACUCUACUUUAGUUAGUGAUGGAGGGAUUCAUUAUUCAAACAAUGAAUAUGGAUUUCUCUCAUCUUCUAAUGAUUUAAAAGAGCUAUUGAGUACUAAUGAUGUAUUAGAUAUGGUUAAUUGGGAAGUAGAACUUGACACUCAAAUAAAUCUAACUGAUAAAAAACAUCGUCGACUACCAGUAUUCGAAGAAAUAAUUCAUAGUAAUGACUUCUCUCCUUAAAAUACAUAAUGUAAGAUAAAUUUACACAAACAUAAAUACAUAUUUGUUUCUUUA